AGUGGUGCGGUUGGUGAGAUGACGAAUGCGAGUGCGAGCGGGAGUUUGUGGGAUGGAUGCUACAUCGGAGGAGAAGUGAGAGGUGGUGUGUCAGGGUAGGUUCUUUCUUUCCUCAGUAGUCAAUGGCCGAGGGUUGCUUCUUAUCAUGGCUGUCAAGUAUGAUCGUAGCUGUGACUGCUUUUUGUCUAUGUCUCGAGGUAGAUGGUCUUAAUGCCAAUUCAAUGGCCUUAAUGGUCUUGCUGGUAUCGCUGAGUCUGAUGCCUCCUCUGCACUGCUUCAUGCUCUCUAUACCCUUACCUCUACUAAACUGCUGCCCAGUCCAUUUCCCGGCUGAUCUUCUCGUGUUGAUUUCUGUUGAUUUCUGUCGCGUCUCGCUUGACCCCUGGCAUGCACCAUCAUCAACCAAGCAGCAGCAGCAGCAGCAGAAGCAGAAGCAGAGGCAGCAGCAGCAGUCGGGCAUGGACAAGCAGCAGAAUAUAUCGUAUAUCCUCCUUAUUACAGCAUCUUACACACUACACACUCUAUCCAUCGCUCGCAUCCUCCCUCCCCAUCCACCGCACAGACCACGGCUCAUCCUUUAAGAGAUCAUCACCGCAAGGACCGCCGACCAGCAGGGGGCCGACACGCACGCUCAUCUGCACCUACAAAAGAGUUUGAAAAGACUCAUCCUCCGCCUGCUUCCUGCUUCCUGCACAAAGACAAAGCAAUACACCUGUGCAAGUCGACAGAGCACAUGUACUGAGGCCACCCUGAAGCGCACUCAGGAGUCACAGCCGGCCCUAUUUUUUGCUGCAACAAAGGCACACAGGACAGCCUGGGCACCCUCCUCAAAAGCC